AUGUCUCGGAACAAAGAAAAUAAUCCUCUUUCGACGGCCCAGCAGCAGCAGCAGCAGCAGCGCACAGCGGCGAUCGCAUCACUGCACAGAACAUUACCCAGCGACGAGUUCUUCACCGACAGCUUGAUCGACGACUCCCGCAUCUCGAAUAGCUCGUAUAUUCCGUCGCCGGUCAAGUCGGGCCCCGUUAAGCCUCGACGCGCGCUCGGCGCGAGCAAAGUGUUGCAGAUAGGAAAAGACUCUGGCAACAGGACCAGUCGCACCUCGUUGUCCGAUUAUACCGCGGCGCGGACCAGCAAACAAUUGAAGCCUUCGCCGAAGCUGACCAGGAGGAAAAGCCCCAGCCCGGCGCGAACAAAUGGACUCUCGACUCCGCCGCAUUCCAGACACGAUCCCCGCCUCACCAGUCCCCCUCCUGAGUUCUCUAGCCCGCCGGGUGGUCUGCACGAGUCCUACCAGCGAAUAGCCGACGAGGAGGAUUUGGCCGCGACGGAGAGGGAUGUGGACAGCGAAGAGGAGGAGAUCGAUGGCGGCGACCAGCAGGAUACAUUUGAGACAAAUCUGGACGUGAACCCGACAGGAGAUGGAAUGGCCACGGAACAAUCAGAACCGGCACAGUUUUCGCAACAGCUGACGCCGGUUCGAUCUCCCUCCCCAGCUCACGCAGAAGUACAAAAUCCCAUGGAUGACCGGGUCGAAAGUCUCUCAGAGCCGCCAACCUUGGAUUUCCUCAAGAAUGAGCUUUCCGAUCGGAUAUUGGCUGCCAAAUUGACACCUCACGUUGUCGAUCGCGCAAAAGAUCGCGCAAGACUGGAGAAGCUGAGACAGAGCCGAAUCCCAAUAAACUUUGGAGAAAAGGGCAAGGAAGAUCAAGUAAACGGGGAGCCCCGACGGAGUGAUCUCGCAAGCGUUACAAGCCGUGGUCCGAUUUCCUUCGACAACGUUUUAGCUGUGGAUGCGAACGCCCUGCACAGGACCUACUCAGAUACAAGUGCAGAUCUUGACCCUCAAAAAAGAGUCAAAGCGUUCAGGCGCGCAACGCGUCCUAGUGUGGCCCAAACUGCACCUGGAGAUGAUGAUGGAAGCGAUACACCUCCGGAACUGCGGGAAAGGGAGAGAUUGGUCGCCUUCAGUAAAUACAGUCGGAAGAAGAAGGAAGACAACGAACAAAGUGAAAUACCGAGACCAGCAUCGGUACCCAAAGUCUCGGCGUUUUCACGUGCGCACGCUCGUCCUCGUCCUCAUGGGACGCCGUCCGAGGUAAUUGACGAUCAGGUACAACCCGAUGACCCUACAGUUGCGUCUAUCGCCUCGACAGUGUCCGAGCCUCUUCCUGGGACGACUCAACAACCGGAUAAGGAUCGAGCUACGCGCACCUUUAUUGCUAGAUGGCGCAAAGAGGCUGCAGAGAGGCGCGCUGUGAAGACUCGAGACGACGCGGACCGUUCUGAGUCACAAAUUGACUGGGCUGCUGUAGGUGCAGAUGUCGCAUUGCCUUCCAUUGAGAAGUCUUCGACGCCCCAGGAAACUCCCCCAAGAAUCGUGGCGUCUUCGAUUCACAAGCAAACGUCCAUGGAUCGCAUGCGGAAAUGGGAAAACGACUUCACGGGCCUGUCAUUUCAGGUGUCGGAAAGCCCACCCGUUCGUACUCGGCCGAACCUCAGUGAUACGCUCAGAGAGAAAGAGAUUGAGGAUCUCGCCAAACAGGCCGUCACUACAAACAGGUUGGACGAGAUCCGUGAAAAGGAUCCGAAUGUCAUUGUCCGGAAGACUUCUCGAAAUUUCAGCCCACUGGAGCGCAAGUCGACGCUGCCGGAGUCACAGGACAAUUCCCCUGUAGUCGACAAGGCGCAGCUGAAAAAUAUGGGCGAAGCGGUACCAGACACGCCAGUCGUUGUUUACAGGUCAUCCAGCGGUGGGACCGACAAAUCGAAAUCCUCUCAACGAUCAAUGCCAGAUUCUUUGGAUCAACUGCAGCGAUUAGCUCGAGCCGUCAGCACAACCCCGAAACCAAGUCCGCCUGCGCAAGACUUGUCCAUUGCUUUACAAGAUGCAUCUGCAGUUCCCUUGCCAUCUUCGGAAGAUGACCUGAAAUCUCAGUCUUCGCUCGCAGACCACGACGAGGUUCACAACAAGAAGAAAGUGGCAGAGACUCCAAGGGUUAUGGGUGCAUGGACCGAUACCAUUCUCCCGGAUACUGUCAAGACAAGAAAUCAAACACAAAAAAUUACCAAGUAUGCGCAAACACCUCAUGUCAAUGCUGGAGGCUGGAUAGAGACACCGCUACCCAUGGGAGAGCGGAUGGCAAAUGUCCAGAUACCGAGGAUCGUUGAAGAGGAGACAGAAGAAUUAAUGAACGAGGAAAUUCCAAACGACAAUCCAGCGGCGGCUCACAUUGAACGUGACACAAUUCCACAAACAACCCCUGUGAUUGAGCAGCCCGAGCCAAAAGUUGAACCAAAGAAGGAAGAGGUCGUUCUCCCCAAAAGUGCCCUAACAAAUGUUCUCAACGAGGCCAAACAGAAGCGGCUAGUAUCACAGGACAUCCCUGAUGCUCAUCGAGAGGAUACUGACACGCUUAACCUCGGAGACGCGACUAUCCAAAGCUUUGAAGACCUCCUCACUGACGCCGCAGACAUCACGGCGGAUCUCACCAGCCUUAUCAAAGCUGGUGCUGAGGAGGAAGUCUUGGCUCUGAAGGAGAAAAAUAAGUUGACUGCUUCUCUUGGUUUGGACGACGAUAACUCGACUGCAUCCGAGGUUGCAUUUAUUGGUCACUUGACAAGCCGGAUGGAAAGACUCAUGUCAAAUUUGCACGAAGCUAGGAAAGGCAUCGCCAGGCUGGAGCAAAAAGUCUCUCAUACACCACCCAUAACCUUGGCAGAACUGGAACAAAUGCGGACGCUAGGGGCCGUGGAGGAUCCAAAUCAAGCCUGCACAAGAUGUGGUCGAAGCCAUCAUGACAUCUCCCACGUUCAUCCCUCAAAGGAGACUGUGACUAUUUCCUCCUUCAUGGCAAUACCCAUCGCACACACGACAUUCACUCUCCCUAUUCCGCUCUUGUUCCAUCCGCGAACAGCAUCUCAGGACAAACACCGCAAUCGCCUCAUUGGCUUCCUUCCUGGUAGCCCAACGUGGCUAGGCUAUCUCACCUUCUCCGUGUGGAUUUGGUAUAUCCUUGAAUGUGUUCUCGCAGAGAUCUACGCAAGACCACUCUAUGCAGAACGAUACGUGUGGCCCACACGACCAGAGCCAGAGUUUCCUUUCGUUCUUCCCACGAUGCUCUACAGGUGGUGCAUCAGUGGCAUCUUGGAAAAUAUGUUAAUCAUGCCUGUGGUGACGGUUUUAGGCGUCGUGUGGAGACUAGUCAUGGCUGUUUGCAAGAUCAUUGGGAUGUGGUUGGGGUUGUGGGAUGGAUUUGUCGACGACGACAAGGCGACAAGCAUCAUGGCCACUGCUACGAAGUCUGCUGUUCAGGCUGUCCGGAGUCUUGUUGGCGGGCCCGCUGCCGCCGAUCCUGUCGGAAUGGAGGGGUUGAGUAUGAUGAAUGACGAAAUUUUAUGA